GGUCGACACAAGUGACAUCUUAUUGGACCUGGAUCGUUUGUUUUGCUGCGUGUCACCUUGUCUGCUAGGAAAACUCAGGUCCCGAAAUUUAGAAAUGUCUUUAGACAACAUGAGGGGCAGUUAUGGACGUUGUCCACCAUUCCUCGUUGCGGGGUUAUUGGUCGUCUGUAUUAUUUUAACCUUUAAUUGGUGGUCCUUGUCUUCUCAAAAUUACGAUUUGAUCAGACAGAUAGAAGAGUUGGGCGAACAGUUGAAAAUAAGUUCCGAAGAACAGGAUCUAUGUGUCCAUCAGCGACUGUCAGUGGAGGGACGGGUGAAAGUCUUGGAGGACGAAAUGGCUCAAGUGAGAGUCAAUUUCGAACAGCAACGGACAGAUAACGACGAAAUGAAGAAGACCCUGGACACCAAGGACAAUGAGUUAAAAGAUAUGAAGAAGCAACAGGACAAUGACCACAAAUCUGCUAAUUUAUGCAAAACAGAACUGGAGUCUCUUAAGAAACUUGAGAUCUCUAAGGAUGGAACAAUCACUUCAUUGAGGCUUGAGAAGACCCAGUUAACGUCCCAGUUGGAUGAAAUAAAACAGGAGCUGCAGCAGAUGCAGGGAAAACUGAAAGAGGUUCAAGCAGCUCUCAAAACAGCGUCCAAGAAUAAGCAGCCGUCCACUCCGAAAAGGCUGCCCACAGACCAGCCUCUGAAGCCUGCCGACACUGGCGUGGCGGAGGGCGGAGAUCAUGAGAGAGGUGGAGGACAAGAACAGGAGAAAGCAGAGAAUGAAGAAAACAAUGCAGGGGAGAGGGGCGAUGAAAUGAACCCAGAGGAAGGUGCUGGGGACAAUGGUCCAGAAGGUGCUGUGGGGGAGGAACCAGUGGCAAUGCAAGUCGGAGAUAAUCGGCUGUAGUGACUUUAACACCUUGAAUUUGGUUUCAGGAUUGCUAAAUGUAUCUUUCCCAGUAGAACACAAACGUGGGGAUGCCUAUAACAAUGAAUUGUUACAAACGUAGAUGAUGAAGUGUUAAUAAAUAACCGAUCAGCAAGUUGGUCUAGUGGGGGAUCUCAAGAUGCUUUGAUGACAGACCUAGCAAGAAUUAAGGUCUCAAACUGAGUCCCUGAGGUGUGUGAUUCUGAGGUCAUUCGAUCACUGUGUCACAAUGUGCAUACAGUAUUAACAUUAACUUAUUUCAUGUGGUCAAUGGACGUUUGCUAUCAGAAAGUGAUAAGGCCUCAACAUGCUACACUUGUAAGUGAAGUGUCAGUGAGAUAUAUAAUUUAAUCUGUUGAUAUGAUUGUAGACUCAAUUAUUGUUUUACAGAUGUGGAUGUGUGUAGGCACCAAAAUCUUUUCAUUAUUUCACAAGCUGGCAUGAGUGUAAACUGGAAAUAAUAUUCCUUAUACAAUUAAAUAAUGUAGACACACUCUACAGACUGGAAUAUCUGCAGAAACACAAGUGUUUUGUAUGAACACCUUAAACUGCUGCGCUGCAGUUCAUGAGUGUACCUACAAGUGUAUUGUUUAUAACACAUUAUGAGUUGUAUUUCUGAUACACAUGUGAACACAAAUAAAUCAUCUUAUUUACUCACUA